AUGCUUCCUACCACCUGCAUUCUCUUAAUAUGCCUCUUGAGCUCUCUCUCCCCCCUCACCAAAGCUUCUUCCCUCAACCUCACCCUCCCUCACCAACACCCCAACCCUGAAGCUGUUGCUCAAGAAGUACAAAGGAGAGUCAAUGCAUCUCUAUCCAGACGCCAAAUGCUGUCCCUCGAACUCAAAGAGCAACAACAAUGUCUAAUCGGCAACCCAAUCGACGAUUGCUGGCGCUGCGACUCGAACUGGGCCAGUAACCGCCAAAAGCUCGCCGAUUGCGGCAUAGGGUUCGGCCAAGACGCCAUGGGAGGCAAAGGAGGCCAGAUCUACAUCGUCACCGACUCGUCCGAUCGGGACCCAGCCAACCCAGUCCCGGGCACGCUCCGCCACGCCGUGAUCCAAACGGAGCCCCUCUGGAUCAUCUUCUCCGCCGACAUGACCAUCAAGCUCAAAUGCGAGCUCAUCGUCAACAGCUUCAAGACCAUUGACGGCCGGGGCUUCAACGUCCACGUCACCGGCGGCGGCUGCAUAACACUCCAGUACGUCUCCAACAUCAUCAUACACAACAUCCACGUCCACCACUGCAAACCCGCGGGUAACACUAACGUCGCCUCCAGCCCCACACACGUCGGGUGGCGCGGAAAAUCGGACGGCGACGGCAUCUCCCUCUUUGGCGCUCGCAAAAUCUGGAUCGACCAUUGCUCGCUCUCCUACUGCGCCGACGGCCUGAUCGACGCCAUAAUGGGGUCCACAGGGAUCACCAUCUCGAACAGCUACUUUGCCCACCACGACGAGGUGAUGCUUUUGGGCCACGACGAUAAGUACUCGCCGGACUCCGGAAUGCAGGUGACGAUUGCGUUCAACCACUUCGGUGAGGCGCUGGUGCAACGUAUGCCUCGGUGCAGGCGCGGGUACAUACACGUGGUGAACAACGACUUCACGCAGUGGGAGAUGUAUGCUAUCGGCGGUAGCGCUAACCCCACCAUUAACAGCCAGGGGAAUCGGUACACUGCUCCCCAGGACCAAAACGCCAAGGAGGUAACAAAGCGCGUGGACACGAACGAGGGGGAUUGGUCCGACUGGAAUUGGAGGACGGACGGGGACAUAAUGGUAAAUGGCGCGUUUUUUGUGCCCUCAGGGGCAGGAAUGAGCACUCAGUAUGCGAGGGCCUCAAGCACAGAGCCCAAGUCGGUUGCCCUCAUCGACCGCCUCACAAACAACGCCGGUGUCUUUGGUGACCCCAGGAGACCCAACCCAGGUCAUGGAUUGGUGCGUCUGCGUUGGGAAGGAGCAGUACCAGCGUAUCACACCCCGGAGAGGACGGCGGUGGGACCAUCACCGAUGGCACUAACACAGGAAGUGAAGGGUCCAGCGGCGGUGACGGAGACUAUUUUGGAAUGA